CGCGGCGUUUCUGGUCUGCAUUGCGCAUUCACGAGACAGGCGUAUCGUAGCGGCCACUAUCGUCGCACUUUCUCGCCAUCGUAGUCAUCGUUAUGGCUAUCGCCGCCAUCGAAUUUCGACAGUGAUUUUGAUAAAAGAGUCAACAGUAGUACAAGUAGAAGUUAAGAAACAAAAGCAAGCGAAAUCCAAUAAUACAUUACAACCAAGCAGCGUGACUUUUUCGUUAAGACGUAAUUUUACUUUCAUAAGCGGAAUUUGAAACUCGUCCGAAUGCCAUGUGGGACAAAGCAAAUACGACUGCUGUGAUCUAUCUUCUAGGAUGGUUAUGCGUUUUCACUUGGGCAGAAGUAAGCAACGCUGAGAUGACGUCGGCUGACGCUGAAGCGGAAACUAUUCUUGAACGAGCUGCCACGUGGCUGUGGAGUCAACGGGAUAAGGACGCAAGUUGGGGCAACGACACACAUCGAGUAGUAUUAGUUCUUCGCCUGGCCAAUCUUUCUCGUGAUGAUAACGUCGCACCACCGGCGCCACUUGAAUUGCAACUCAUUGCUAAGCAAAUGGAAUUAGAAAUUGUGCUUUUACUUUGGAGACAUCGGGAGAUUGGGUUUUCUCCGGGACAACUAGCACGCUAUACUUUGGCUUUGAACGCAAUGUGCAUGGACCCCAGACAAUUCCAUGGUCACGAUUUAAUCGGUACUUUGCAACAUCAUGAACCGCCAACCGAUUACGAUUUUGCAUUGACCACGCUCGCAGCAUGUAGCGCGCAAGCACAUGUGCGCAAACGGCAGAUGCGCCGUCUCUUAGAUAUUGCGAAUGCCGCGCGAGACCAUAAUGUUGAUACUAUCGCAAUGUUGAUCCUGGCCCUGCGGUGUAUCGUCCAAGAUCACCGACAUCGCAACCUUCAUCACAUCGUUCGUAAACCAUCGAUCGAGUUAGCACAACAGCAAAGGCACGAUGGCAGUUUUGGUGAUCUACGCAAUACUGUGUUGGUGAUGCAAGCGCUAGAAGAAAUCGAAAAUGAACCGGCUGAUAACUGGAAUAGAUCCGCUGCCUUAGCUUGGCUGAUCAAUCAACAACGAUCAGAUGGUUCGUUUCAUGGCAAUAUCCAUGCCACUGCAGAGGCUAUGUUAGGUGUCGCGCCGCGUGGAUUGGCCAGCAUCCGAGCCCUCGACUGCGGACAGGGUUUAUUGGACAAUUCAUCACCUCGCCUGACUACAAGCAAUAUUGCAGAUAUUGGAACACCCGAUGAUCACAGCGAGAUCCCUCUGCCAUCAGAAAUAUCAGGAAAUAAUACAAGCAAUACAGAUAUCACGCUUAUCACAGCGCCUGUGCUUAUAAACGUGUCCUAUACAUUGUGGGUUGGCAGCAAUGUAAACGAAACGUACAACCUGACAGUAACUGUACCAAAAAAUGAGACUUUUUAUAGUGUAAUGCUGUUGGCGGCAAGCAUGUCUCCCCAUUUCCAAUUUACCGCUUCCGAAUGGCCUAACGGUCAUUAUGUUCACACGCUGGCUGGCUACAAAGAAGAACCAAUGUCCUAUCAUUACUGGCUACUUUACAGAUUAUCCUCACCGCCUGAACCAUCCUCGCCACCCGGAAAUCAAUUGGUUGCACCUGGAGGUGUCGAUAACUUACAGAUUAGCGAAGGGGAGCAUUAUCUCUUCUGGUACAAGAAGCUAUGAAGUAUGAUUGAAUGGCAAAAUCCCUUAAGCAGAGUAUCAGCAGACUGGCAGCAGAUUUAAUCAGUACAUGUCAAACUGACGCCAAUUACAUACACAUUCAGUUUAUAUUUUUUGUCGACAGAACCCAUAUACUUGUGAUUAGGCAGCAGAUUAACGGCAAAAAUUAAGCAGAAUCUGCUAAUAUAACCUGACAGCAGAUUGAUGGCAAAAAUCGAUCAGAUUCUGCGCUAUCUGAUGAUAGAUUGGCAGCAGAUAUCGAGCAGAAGUUGUUGAAAUCACAUUAUGAUUUAAAUAGCAAAGCUGUUAUUUAAAUCGUAACGUGAUUAAUAUUGAGAAAUAUUUGAA